AUGCCCUUCUUGCCCCUGACCUCCUCCCUCCCCGCUUGGCCUCCUGUCAGCAGACCUGCCCCGCCUCGCGCCCUGGCCGCAUGUCUCCGAUGCAAGAUCGGCAAGCUCAAGUGCGACGACACCCGCCCUUGCACGCGCUGCCAGCGUCAAGGCUGCGGCAGCACGUGCCUUGCCUACGGCUCCAAGAGUGUAGAGGAUCUGCGACGAGGGUCUUCUGCCAUGGUCUGCGGGGAGAAGCAACGGUCGUGCGAGGGCUGCGGGCGGCGCAAGAUCAGGUGCAGCAAGGGCAGGCCGUGCUCCCAUUGCGGGGUCAGAAACCUCCUGCACGCCUGCAGAGACUGUCUGGGAGGCAUCACCGCCAUAUCUGUCAUGGCCCGUUGGGAGGGGAGCCCCGCGCCCCUGCCGGGAUACGGAGCCGAGGGGCCUCCGGAGGACGCGUCGCUGUGGCGACCAAGGAGGAAGCAGGUGGGGCGAGCUUGCUUGCGAUGCCGCCUGUCCAAGGUGGGGUGCGACGACAGCCGGCCAUGCUCUCGAUGUGCCAGAGCAGCGCAGACCUGCUCCGAGCCACCGAGGGGAGGAGUCCAGAGGUCGGGCAGAGCGAGCUCGCGAUGGAUGUCGAAACAGCCACGGCAGGUGGAGGAGGAAGAGACGCUGGGUUGUCUGCUGGAGGGAGCUGAGUACUGGGCGGACGAGGCGGCGUGGGGCGAUGUCAUGGGCUUGGGCGAGAGUCACAGCUGGCUUCAGCCACUUGACCAAGACGCGGGCAUGGAGGAAGCAAGCGGAGAGCGGGCCCAUCUCAAGUCACAGGAGGACGACGUUUACUCGAUGCUGCUACUGUCAGAGGAGGGAGCUUGA